AUGGGAGCAUUAGAUUUUCUGACGGAAAUAAUCCACGAAUUGAUUGCAAUGAUACAGGAAAAUAGGUGCCGUGCACUGGUGGCCUACGUUCAUGGUAUAUUGCAACGUUCGAAGUUGCAAAAAUGUCUCCUGCAUUCACUCCUAACAUGUGUUCAUAAUGUGCGGCAUCACGUCAACGCUGAAAAAGUGCCACUCUCAGUGGAUAUAUUGGAAUUUAAUGAUGGCUCGCGUACCGCGAAGAAUGAUUUUAAUGAUCUAAUUACUGGCUAUCAAAGCUCGUUAUUAUAUUUAAGUGCAACUGUGAUACAACUGGAAUUGGUCAUCAAAAACGGGUUUCAGAACUUCACUGAUCAGGAUACGGGUAGUGUUAAUGCUGAUAAAUUAUCAAUUAACCAACAAAUUUACAAUUCACCGCUACACCGCGCACCAGUCCGUGAGCCUCACGUUGGUAUGGUUGAGCUGCGAAUGUUUCUUCUGACCGUGCUAAAUGCUCUCAAGAAGCAGCCUUUUCGGCAGGAGCAGUGGCUUAACUUUGUUGUGCAAAUUCUGCCGUUUCUUGAUAGGUCGCUUUCAACAUUUUCGGUGCACAUUGUUGAGCAACUAUGUAAAAAUUUGGAGUGUGCUGUUAGUGCAGCAUACUGUUCUCCAGACGAUCGAGCACAUGCUGUUGCCGCUACAGCUCAUGCUCAUUCUCCGGAUACCAUCAGUCAGCCAUCCUAUCCAACAAACUACGUCAUCCAGAUUUUGGAAACGCUGACAACAUUUGUUCACUACUGCCUUAUCGAUAAUUCGUCCCAGACAAGUGCUCAUCCUCCUUCACAAGCAACAACAGUUAGCAGUAAUCCAUCGCUGGCUUCAUCAGUAAUGAAUGCAAUACCGGGGACACGAGGAGCCACUGAGCUCAUCUCCAGCCUUGUCAAA